GAGCCGCCGGCAGUGCCGUGGUGGGACGGCCGCGUCGCCGAGCGCUCCGGCACAGCCCCCUCCGCUCACCCCAAAACCGGAGCCGGCAGCGGGUCUGCAGCCCCCCGAGUUCCAACCGCCGCGACGCCAAGCCUGGAUUCUCCUUGGCAAAAAGGACACCAUGGUCCCGGGGGGCCCCGCCUGGUGCCUGCUGGUGGGGCUCUGCACCCUCGUCCCCCCCGCCACCACCCAGGGGGGACCCGAAGAGGACGUGUCACCCAGCACCAGGACGGAGGAGUUGGGGUACCACCUCGCCCAGGAUGGGGACCCCCUCCAGGACCCCCAGCGCUGCGGCAUCACCUUCCACACCCCCAACCCUUGCAGCCCCCCUGGGCCACCCCUCUCCUCCUCCCGCGAUGAGCUGGAUCAUCUCAAGAGCCUCUUGCAGGACACCAAGGCCACCCUGAAGGACGUGGAGACAGCGGCCAUGCUGGAGGACAACCGGACCCGCUACCAGGACAUCAUCACCGAGGCGCUGCCCGCCAUCCACGGGGCCAACCUGGAAUUUCAGGAGAGCCUGGACAACGUCCGCAGGGAGCUGGAGGCUCACGUGGCCGAGGCCGAUCACCCACGGACAGCCGAGAAGAAGGAGAAGCUGCGGAAGGGUGUCCGCGUGGUGGCCCACAUGCUACGUCUCACCAGCCGCCUGGCCCAGACCCUCGACGCCGCCUCCCACCGCCUCCACGCUGAGCUGAGCCGGCGCCUGCAGAGCUCGGCCGCCCGCGCCGCCGCCGCCGCCGAGCCCUAGGACAGCGGGGACGGGCUCCGCUGUCACCCUGCACGUGGCCUUGCUUGCUGGUAGGACCCCGACCCGGCUUGGCUCCACGGCUUUUGGGGCGUCCCGGCUCCUUUCUCUGGUGCUGGGAGCUGAGACUUUGCACGAGGCGUUUGCAAAACGGUCCGGGAGCCGGCAGCCCCGGGAGGGGACGGGAGGUUGCUGCCUGCUAUGUGAUGCCAUCACGCACGCGAUGCCGUCGCACGUGUGAUGCCAUCGCCUAUGCCGUGCCCCGUAACCCCGGCCUGAGCGUUCGACGCAUUUAUCCUGCGAGACCUCGUCUAGCAGAGCCCGGUGCCGCCGUGCGUGCCCAGCCCCGUGCCCGGGGGAGGACCCCUCCGUCCCAUCCCGCAGCAUCUCUGCACCGCGCCGGCGCUCCCUGCCAGAGCUGCAUCCCCACGCGCUCCCUUCUUCCACAGCUAGCCAUCGCACCCGGAGCUUUGCCUGAACGGGGCUCCUGGGGCUCCCCGGGAGGGUCUUAAAAAUUAAUCCCAGCUCUUUCAGGGCUCGGUUGCAUCUCGCCGGUGCUCCAGCAGCAUCACCAGCCGCGGUUAACCCUUGGGGGAGCGCCUUGUCCCGGCUUGGCAGAGCCUCUUUGCCCCUGGGGUGGUUGCAGGGUCUGGAGUUUGGCCCCUCCGGGCGGGCAGGAUGGAGGGGAUGGGGGUCCCUGCCUGCGCAGGGCAGGGCAGGCAGCGGGAGAGCGGCUGCAGAUGAACCGCCCGGCAAAGAAACCGAAGCCGGCAGCUCGAGUGCUCCCAACCCGCUGAGCUUUGGGCAGCGGGGAGAACGGCUGGAGGCAGAAAAUCCGCGUGUGUUUGUAAGCCCGGAGGCUGGGGGGGGAUGGCCAGGGCCACCCCGGGUGCUCAGGACACCCCAAUACCCCCGCGGUGCACCCGAAGGAUGGGCGAGAGGCAGGAGUACCCCCGGGCAGCGGCACUUCUGCAGGAGCUGCAGGCAGCCAAAUAAAGAUGCAUCGCGCUCUGCCAGGCGUCAGCGU